AUGAGACCUACUAGUUUGCUAUUGAACGCGGCCAAGAAACAAAAGUCUGGCUUCGACAUCCCUGUUGAACUGACUCCUCUGUUUGUCGCCAUGGGUGUUGCCGUCUCCUCUGCCUGCUGGUUCACUUACAAGAAGUUUAGAUGGGACGAAAGUCUGAGAGUUGGUAGAAAGAACCCUGACAGAUCUGGCCUGAAGACGAUCUUGGAGGAGCCUGAAAAGUUCGAAAAGAAAGAGUAA